AUGAACUGUCGAUGCUAUGCUAUCGUAACGCUGUUUUAUUGUACAGGUGCAUUCUCGGUACAGGACAGUAUCUACCUAUUUAAACAACAGCGCAACAUUGUUUUGGCGUUUGAAAAGGCCAAGGAAUCGGAUCAGAAGGAAUAUCUGAACGCAAAGAGAUCAACAUACGAAAAACUCUUUCUGGAGGAAUUCAAGAAAUGGCACAUUGAUGAUCCAUAUGGAAUUAAAUUGGGCCAGGCAUUGAUAGAUUAUACAGAGUAUGAGAAAAACGUAGUUCUGACUCAUGAUACUAUUUAUUUCCUUGUUGCGAUGUGUCCCUGUUUAAAACUCUGGCCUUGGUUGGGAAAGGAGAUCGCCGAUGGAGAUCACGGAAUAUACACGCCAUGGGCAAAAGCGAACUUUGACCCCACCUAUGUAGGCUUCGAGAAAGUCGACAAAUUGAUAGACGAAGCUGAGGCAAUGGGACAGAUUGAUCGUAAUUUAGCCUUGGAGGUCUACAACAAAUGUAUGAACGGAGAAUACCAGUUUUUCAAUUCUAUAUAAUGGUCUGUUUUCAUGGAUGAAUAAGUCUGUGACGGAUCAGGAAAAUUCUAGCUUCUUAUGUACAAUAUAUCUGGGUUAGAAAUAUCUUCCGAAAUGAAGUGUUUUAUAUCGUAUGCAUGUAUGCAUGAAUUGCCAGAUUACAUAGAAAUGUAAACAAAAAUGCAGAAUGCUUUUACUAGUACAAACGGACUGAUAUAUUUUAUAUAAUCAUUUUAUGCUUGUAAUAAAUCAAUG